AUGGUUCGCCUCCCUGAAUUCGAUGUCGAGCGAUGGAUGAAUGACUAUGAGACGACACCAGGCGCUAUCAAUACCGCAGAGACCUGCGUCGCCUCCGUCUCCAUCAAUGAUCUCUUCGAUCUCUCCCUAGACAAGACGUCGUCCAACCCUAUCAAUUUUGGGACGAAGCUCCUGUACGGUCCAAUUCGUGGCUCCGCCGAACUCCGCGAGAGAGUAGCUGGGCUGUACAACUCCGGGCCGUCGGGGAGCCCCGCUGGGAAUGUUGGUGCCGACGAUAUUCUUAUUACCCAGGGUGCUAUUGGUGCCAAUUUUCUGUCGCUUUACACUCUUAUCAACCCAGGGGACCAUGUUAUCUGCGUCUACCCAACCUAUCAGCAACUCUACAGUCUACCAGAGAGCAUUGGAGCUGAGGUGUCGCUAUGGAAGCUCACUGCAGACAACGGUAAUGUGCCAGAUGUCAAUUCUCUUGAAACUCUUGCCAAGUCCAACACCAAGAUGAUCAUCAUCAACAACCCCAACAAUCCUACAGGAGCGCCAAUCCCCGUCGAGGUUCUGACCAAGAUUGUCGAGUUCGCUAGGGCUCGGGAUAUCAUUCUCUUCUCUGACGAAGUAUACCGGCCCUUGUUCCACGAUUUGUAUCAACCUGGCUAUGUCGCUCCUCCCUCUGUCGCCACAUUGGGCUAUGAGAGAACUGUCGUCACAGGAUCCAUGUCAAAGGCAUUCGCCAUGGCAGGCAUUAGUGUCGGGUGGGUUGCAUCCAAAGACAAGAAAAUCAUCGAUGCCAUGGCAGCGGCACGAGAUUAUACCUCCAUCAGCGUCUCUCAAAUCGAUGAUCAGUUGGCGGCCUAUGCACUGUCUCCGCCCGUUUUGGCCCCGCUGCUCAAGCGAAAUGUUGGAAUGGCGAAGAACAACGUGGCACUCUUGGAGGCAUUUGUGAAUGACCACAAGGAUGUGUGCUCGUGGGUUAAGCCCCUGGCCGGGACAACUGCAUUCGUGCGAUUCACUGUAAAAGGUGAGCCAGUCGACGAUGUGCGCCUCUGUAGGGAUCUGCUAGAGAAGACCAAAGUUUUUGUUGUGCCUGGUUCAAGGUGUUUCGGCGGCGGCAAGGACUUCAAAGGCUACGUUCGGUUCGGCUAUGUUUGCGAUGCAGACGUGUUGAAGGAGGGAUUGGAGAAGCUUAGUGCGUACGUGAAGGAGCAUUUGAAGUGA